AGUAUGCGUGUGCUGGGGAUCUAACAUGGGUCCUCAUGCUGUGCCACAAACAAUUUAUCAAGCACUUUACCCACCAGACCAUCUCCCCAAUCCCAAGAGGUGGGACCUCUGAGAGUAAACUGGAAGAGACUGGACCUUAUGCCACUUGUUAAUCAGUAGUUGGUCCUAGCAGAAAAUCAGCUGCUUUAUAAGAAAGUAAUUGGGUUCAGUCUUUGAGUAUUCAUGUGGAAAGGAACUCUAUUGUACAGAAGACCAAUGAAGAGAAAACAAUGUCUGCCAACCUAAAAUAUCUUUCCUUGGGAAUUUUAGUGUUUCAGACUACCAGUCUGGUUCUUACGAUGCGUUAUUCUAGGACUUUAAAAGAGGAGGGUCCUCGUUACCUAUCUUCUACAGCAGUGGUUGUCGCUGAAUUUUUGAAGAUAAUGGCCUGCAUCUUUUUAGUCUACAAAGACAGUAAGUGCAGUGUGAGAACCCUGAACCGAGUGCUGCACGAUGAAAUUCUGAAUAAACCCAUGGAAACACUUAAGCUUGCUAUUCCAUCAGGGAUAUAUACUCUUCAGAAUAACUUACUCUAUGUGGCACUGUCAAACCUGGAUGCAGCCACUUACCAGGUUACAUAUCAGUUGAAAAUACUUACAACAGCGUUAUUUUCUGUGUCUAUGCUUGGUAAAAAAUUAGGUGUGUACCAGUGGCUCUCCCUGGUAAUUCUGAUGGCAGGAGUUGCUUUUGUACAGUGGCCUUCAGAUUCUCAAGCGCUGGAUUCUAAGGAACUUUCAACUGGCUCGCAGUUUGUAGGCCUCAUGGCGGUUCUAACAGCGUGUUUUUCAAGUGGCUUUGCUGGAGUUUAUUUUGAGAAAAUCUUAAAAGAAACAAAACAAUCAGUAUGGAUAAGAAACAUUCAACUUGGUUUCUUUGGGAGUAUAUUUGGAUUAAUGGGUGUAUACGUUUAUGAUGGAGAAUUGGUAUCAAAGAAUGGAUUUUUUCAGGGAUAUAGUCAACUGACAUGGAUAGUUGUGAUUCUGCAGGCACUUGGAGGCCUUGUAAUAGCUGCUGUCAUUAAGUAUGCCGAUAAUAUUUUAAAAGGAUUCGCGACCUCCUUAUCCAUAAUAUUGUCAACAAUUAUAUCCUAUUUUUGGUUGCAAGAUUUUGUGCCAACCAGUGUCUUUUUCCUUGGAGCCGUCCUUGUGAUAGCAGCUACUUUCUUGUAUGGUUAUGACCCCAAACCUGCAGGAAAUCCCACUAAAGCAUAGUCACGUGCUAUCUUUAACUGGUUUUUCACGAUGGUGCCCUAGGAGGAAUCUCAACAAAAUUAAUCUUGCACAGAGGACUUCUGCAGAUUCUGUGAAGAUAUCAUCAUGCUAAAUCUGAUCAUACUGUUGAAAUGGUUUGAAAAUGUGUACACGUCAGGAUGAAACAUGUAUAUCAUGUGGAAACCCAAACUUGGAAGUGUGUCCAGGGCGUAGCAUUAGAGGAAUACGGGAGGAGGUCUGAAGUCCGAGCUCAUAAUGACCUCACCCUUUUGGUUGCUGCAGAACUGUCCAGUGCAGCCUUUGCAAGAGCACACAAAUGCAAAUACCAAUGUUUGCAAGGUAGACCUACUUCCUCUUAUCACAUGUUCUCAGUCUUACUCUUUCUGCACAGAUAUAUCAAAUUACAUGAACUAUUCAAAGUUGGAAAAGUAUAAUUGCCUAUAAAGCUGUGAACAAGCAAAUAUAAUUUAAAACCAUUUUCAUGUAUCUGGGAUUUUUAUAUUCAUACAGAAGAUUGCUAAGCAAAGGAUUGCUAAAUGUUACUUGUUCAAUUACAUAAAACUUGAUGAAGUAGUAGUCUGAGUUUGAUUCAUAUUUAACGUUAGUGUAGAGAGAUAUAUUUCUCUGUAUAUCUUUAGACCAUUUACUGCUUUGAGUCAGCUGAAUGCAGUUUGCUUCAUCACAUGCUAGAGGAGCCGGGGACUUUGACACUGAGGACGUUUUACCAUCAUUUUCCAGCUGUAUUUAUUUUCCAUAUAGAAGAGAAAUUCUUAUUAUUACCUUAAAUUGAAUUUGUGUGUGUUGCCAUUAAAACUUUUUAAUGAUUUAAAGGGAUUAAGUACUUAUUUAAUAAUUGAAAAUAAAAGAGUGAUUACUGUCCACUCUCCAUGUGGAGACAUCUGAACUAUGAAACAUAUACUGUAUAUAGUUUUGAAAUGGAGAAUUUUCCUCUUAUUCUGCAGUAGGAAUUUCUGUUGACAGAAGCAACAAUCGAAAAAAUAGUAUUAGUCAUAUCAGUGGGCCAAGAACAAGCUGACUUCCUUAUAGACAUCCCCUACUGUCAUAUUAUUGCUUUUUUUUUUUUUAAGGCAGGGCUUCCUUACGUAGACCAGGCUAGCCUCCAGCUUACAGGCAUCUACCAGCCUCUGCCUCCUGAGUGCUGGGAUUAAGGGUAUAGGCCACCCUGCCCAGCUCACUACAUUAUUUUAAGUGGUACUCUAAUUUAAAUUCAAAGGCUGUUUAGAAGUUUUUAGGUCUUAAAAGCUCAUUAUCCCUAGGAAUACUCUGAUCAUGUGUCUGGAAGAGGUGGUGGCAUUCUGAUUUCCCUUUCUAUGUCCCCAUGAGUGCUGCUGGAAGGAGCCACCAUUUGCUUUAAAAUAGCAAUUUUUGUCUCUUUUUAACACUGGAGUUGAGGAUAUAAAUUACGAGUUAUUUAAUAAGCUGAUUCAAAAGAGAGAAUAUAUUAGAAAUAGUAAAACAAAGUGAGAGGCAAAAAUACAUUCUAUAUUUGGAAUAUAAUUUAUUUAAUUAUUGACUAUAUGCAGAAUUACCUAUUGAAUAUAAGAUGUAUUUUACUUUAUUUUUUCAUUUAUCUUGUAUAUAUUUUAAAAGUUUGUUUUAAUACAAACCUAUAAGAAGAUGACUAUUUUUUAUGUAGUUUUAAUAGAUUUUGUUAAUGGAGUUUUGUUCAAUAGUACUCAAAAGAACUGUUGUUAAGACCUGUAAGGUACCCUUGGCUAACUUGGACCGGCUGUUUGAUCUUGUUAAUGCACAUGUACUCUUAACAGUGUACACGCCUAACCAAUUCCAUUCAGAGUUUCAAAGUACUGAAAAUUAAAGAGUGUUUAAAAUCAUUGCACCAGCGAUGACAGAGUGAUACCAGGUUUUCUGAAUGCCAGGUUUGUGGUUUUUCAGUGAUUGAAUAACUUACAGAGAUUGAAUAACUCCAUUUGACCAAGUGUAUGGCCACCACAGCAUUCAAGCUAUGUCCUAGGACCUAUGACUAAAUGCAACCUAGAUCUUGGAGAUGUUCAAAAUUUAUGAAUACAGAUUCAUGUUCAGCUCACAUUGAAGCAUUGGGUGGGUAACUGUGCUAAUACAGUGUGAAUUCACAGUUAAUGGUUACUUAAAUCUAGUCUGUCCCUGACUUAACCCUACAGAAAUUUGUAUUAGGUGUCAUUUAUACUUUUUUUUCUAGUCAGUUAAAAAUGUUAUUGGGCUGAAUGUAUAGUUUAAAAUUUAUAAGGAAAUAAUCACAUUUGGGGGAAAAUGGGCUUGUAGUCUACGUUGUGUCGUAUAUAUUGAUACUGAAACUUUGUGUUACAUGGUUUGUUUUGAUAAUGUUCAAAACUGUGGCUGUGUCAUGCUUUUCAAGUAACUUUUGGAUUAUUUAAAUUUUGUGCUUUUAGAGUGUAUUUGUUGUUUCUCUUUUCACUGAUAUGGACUGUGUGAAUUCAUAGAGGAAGAGUGCCAGCUGAGAGCCGCAGUAAAGUUAGGCACAGCACUAAAGUUGGCAGAAAGCUGGAUGCAACAGCAGGCCCUCAGUGCAGCAUAGCAGCUCUUUCCUGAAUGGUUUCCAAGUUGUAAGUUACUUUUAUAAUGGAAUAUAUAGUUUUAAAAUGCAGAAUUCAGUGUUUACAUCAGUUUCUAUGAAAUGCCACAGAAUUUCCUGUAAAGAAAAGGCAGUUUGAUAUUUAAGCCAGAGUCUAUUAAGAAAUUCCAAGAGGAAAUUGACAUUCUGCUCUGAACACUUAAGUAGAAUGCUGACUAUUCUUACAAAUCAAGCUAGUAGACUUUAAUUGUCAUUUAUACAAUCAUUUAGGUGUUUUGUUUUCGUUUCUUUUUGAGGCAGGGUCUUACUCUGUGGCCCUGGCUGGCCUGGAACUUGCUAUGCAGAGCAGGCUGGCCUUGAAUUGACAAAAAUCUGCCUGCCUCUGCCUUCCAAGUCCUGAGAUUGAAGGUGUGUGCUAUCACUCCCAUUUGAGUUUUGUUUUGUUUGUAAAGAAAGGCUUUGGCAUCAUUCAUUCUAUUUAAACAUUCAUUGUAAAAAGAUUUGAUUUGUAUAGAUGUAUCUUUACAUGGAAUUUAGAAAAAGUAUUUAUGUUAUAUUGAAUCUCCAAGAUAUUUAAAGUAGUUAUAGGGCCAAAGAAAAUGCACCUUUACCACUAUCUGGUCCUAUGUGCCUUGCUUUACCAAAUAAAUACCUGACUUUUAUGGAGAAUAUUUCUGUAAUUUACAACUUUAAACACAUACUUGAAAUUGGGAAUUUUUUUUUUUAAAGAAUAACUAACUACAAUUCUAGCUUUUGGUUGUUUUGACAUUUGCUCUUUAAAUCCAUCAUCUAGCAAACUGAUACUAAGUAUCCUAUCAAAGUAUCUACAACUAGCACUUGUUUAAGUAACUUGUGACAUCUGCACCAUGAUUCAGGUUGGAGACUUUAACAACUGUAUAUAAAUGUCUGUUUGUUGUUUCUUUUCUUGUAAGACAUAAUUUGUUGUGAUUUAAAACAAAAUUUUAAAAAUGAUUUUGACCCUAAAUUGAUCUAUGUCUGUACUUCAAUUUAUAUAAAGUGAUUCUUUGGGGUUUGGGAAUGUGAUUUGUAUGUUUAAAUUUUUAUGAAUAUAAUUCAAAGGAAUGUAUAAACUGGUCUUUUAUUAAGUGGUUUUUUUAUAUGAUAAAUUCCUCAUGGCAGUUUUUUGGUAUCCAUUAUUACCUAUAUUUAAUAGAUAAGGGAAAUAGAUUAUUUUCAUAAAUAACUAUAUAUAUUUUUUCCUAUAUUUCUACUUUCCCUUUUAACCUGUGUCUGAUUUAAUCUGUGGAUUAAUUUCCUAUUUUUAUAUUUCAGGAAUGAAUUGCUCAUUUUUAUCUCUCGGUAAUUUUGUAUCACAUGUAAUUUUGCUUCCUUUUCUUUGUUUUAGCCAGAGUGGUUAGAAUUUCUCUGCCUAUAUAGUGAUCACAGCCCAAAAGGAUUUUGUUUGGAAUAAAAUGCUUCUUUGCUGCUGGCCAGG